AUGGAUCAAGAACAAGAAAGAGGUAUUUCCAGACUAUGGAGAGCCUUUAGAACGGUAAAGGAGAUGGUCAGAGACCGUGGAUAUUUUAUUACGCAAGAAGAAAUUGACUUAAGUUUGGAAGACUUCAAGGUAAAGUACUGUGAUUCAAUGGGUAAGCCUCAACGUAAAAUGAUGUCUUUCCAAUCUAACCCAACCGAGGAAUCGAUAGAGAAAUUCCCAGAAAUGGGGUCUUUGUGGGUUGAAUUUUGUGAUGAGGCAUCUGUUGGUGUGAAGACAAUGAAGAAUUUUGUGGUUCAUAUUACGGAGAAGAACUUCCAAACGGGUAUUUUCAUUUACCAAAGUGGUAUCACACCAAGUGCCAACAAGAUCCUACCAACUGCUGCGCCAGCUGUUAUAGAGACUUUCCCCGAGGCCUCUUUGGUUGUUAACAUUACACAUCACGAACUAGUUCCAAAGCAUAUAAGAUUAAGUGACGCCGAGAAGAAGGAGUUGUUAAAAAGAUACAGAUUGAAGGAAUCUCAAUUACCUAGAAUCCAAAGAAUGGACCCAGUAGCACUAUACCUUGGUUUAAAGAGAGGUGAAGUUAUAAAAAUUAUCAGAAAGUCUGAAACUUCGGGGCGUUAUGCCAGUUACAGAAUCUGUUUGUGA